GGAAGAAACGCAAUUCGGGGUGGAGUUGGACUUGUGGUUGUUGCCGAGCGCUCCCUCUCGUCUCCUCGCGAUUUUUUAUAAAAAGGAGAGAAGCGCAAUCGUAUCCCCAGCCAGAUUCACAUCGCAUCGCCACCGACCUUUCCCUGCCGGAUUCUUCUCAGGUAGCGGCAGCAGCAGCAGCAGCUUGAGUUCUUGCGGAUCUGCGGCUGCGAAUCCCAGUCUCGUAUCAACUCAGCCAGGCAGAGGAGAAGCAGGAGGAAGAUGUCCAAGGCGGCGCUGACCCUGGAGGAGGUGUCCAAGCACAACACCAAGGACGACUGCUGGCUCAUCAUCGCCGGCAAGGUAUACAAUGUGACCAAGUUUUUGGAGGAUCACCCUGGAGGUGAUGAUGUACUGUUGUCCUCGACUGCCAAGGACGCAACCGAUGACUUUGAGGAUGUCGGGCACAGCAGCACCGCCCGUGCGAUGCUGGACGAGUACUAUGUCGGUGACAUAGACAUGGCCACGAUACCUGCCCGGACGAAGUACGCUCCGCCGAAGCAACCACACUACAACCAAGACAAGACCCCCGAGUUCAUCAUCAAGAUCCUCCAGUUCCUGGUCCCCCUGGCCAUACUUGGUCUGGCUGUCGCCAUUAGGAUGUACACCAAGUCGGAAUCGGCUUAACCGGCGGCGGCACUGUUCUCUGAGUUAUGGGGGAAAAAUAGCUUUAAGGUGUUGAAUAAGUUAGUAGUUUGUCGUGUGAUGUAUCCAUUCCAAUGUACCGUGUGGUGAGUUUGAAUGUUGCAACGGUUUUGUCGUGAAACUGAAAAUGAUGGGACCAAGUUUUGUUGUGAAACUUAAAUUGAUGGGACUGAAA